AUGACUGCCAUCCCUUUAACCUUCAAAGCCUACGAGUACCAGCACUUCGGUGACUUUCUCGAGGAGAUUCAACUCAAUCAAGCCGCAGAACAAAAGCCUGUGCAGCCUAAUGAGGUCAAAAUUAAGGUUAUUAGCGCGUCGCUCAACCCAAUCGACUACAAGAUCGGGCUAUACGCAUCUAUGAUCCUUUCUACUAUGGCUUCGCCAGAGCAUCCGUACCGAGUAGGUCACGACCUAUCGGGCAAGGUAGUGGAGGUCGGCAAUAACGUUAAAGACUAUAAAGUAGGCGACGAAGUGUACGCUAUGCCGUUGUUUGACGCGACCGGCACCUUUGCUGAAUACAUUAACGUCGACACGAAGCGCGUGGCGCCUAAGCCCAGCAACAUGACGUUUAACGAGGCGGCUGGUGUACCUUUGGCCGGCCAGACGAGUUGGCAGGGACUCGUGACGUAUGGCAAGCUACAGAAAGCUCAGCGCGUACUGAUCCUCGGUGGCAGCAGCGGCACGGGUCUAUUUGGCAUCCAGAUAGCCAAAGCUCUUGGAGCAGAGGUCAUCACGACGUGCAGUCACCGCAAUGUAAAACUGGUCAAGUCUUUGGGUGCCGACCAGAUUGUGGACUAUACGAAGGAGAAGUGGAGUGACGUGGUGGCUCAUCACUCCAUUGACCUUAUCUACGACUGUGGCGUGGAGUCCCAGUCGUGGAAUGACGCGGCGCAGAAGGUGCUCAAGAAGCAGACCGGUAUCUUCGUGACUAUUGGUACGAUCGACCAGCCGAUUGAGUCGCCCAUCGGUGCGACAGUGCAUCAGAUUUUUAACGCGCCGUGCACGGAAUAUCUCCUGGAGCUCACGAAGCUUAUUGAAGCUGGCCAGGUGAAGACAAUCAUUGACUCGGUGCAUCCGCUAGAGAACUUGGUGGAGGCCAUGAAAAUUUGUAUGUCACAACGCGCAAAGGGCAAGAUCAUCAUUGAGGUGGCGAAGGCGUAA